CGCGCGUCAGCAAGUGCGCACUCGCGGAGGAAAACGACUCGCGGAUUAUCGACGUUGGCGUCCCUUUGCAUAUAGCGCGUACAACGAUGCGGUUCCCAAGACUGCUUCGAGCAUCCAGCGAAGACCUAGCUGCGGAGGCCACGACCUCGCAUGCGACGUUGCGCGAGCCUGGCCGGCAUUUCUGCAUCGUCACGACCGCCAGCCUGCCCUGGAUGACUGGAACCAGCGUUAACCCGCUGCUCAGAGCAGCCUACUUGGCUCACCGCGGGGAGACGUCUUGCCGCGUCACGCUCGUGGUUCCGUGGCUGCCGCUCUGUGACCAGAAGCUCGUGCACCCGAACGCGAUAUUCGAAAACCCUGAGCAGCAGAAGGAACACGUCCGGGGAUGGCUCUCUGGACGGGUGGACUUCGACCCGUCGUUUGAUAUUCGCUUUUACCCCGGCAGGUACGCGAUCGACAAGGGUAGCAUCGUUCCCGUGGGGGAUGUCACCGAGUGCGUGCCGGACGAAGACGCGGACGUGGCGAUACUGGAGGAGCCGGAACAUCUGACAUGGUUCCACCACGGCAUGCGUUGGUCGGAUAAGUUCAGGCACGUCGUCGGCAUCAUCCACACGAACUACCUCGAAUACGCGCGUCGUGAAAAAGAUGGCGAACGCAAAGAGGCCUUGCUCAGGGGCGUGAAUCGCACCGUGACUCGAGCGCACUGUCAUAAAGUCAUCAAACUGUCCGACGCGGUGCAAGAUUUCGCGAGAUCCGUCACCGUGAAUGUACACGGCGUCUCGCCGCACUUCAUCGAGGUUGGUCGUAAAAUCGCACUUGCCGCCGAGGAGAGGUCCCGGCGAGGUGAAGAGAGCAGCAGCAACAGCAGUUUUACGAAAGGCGGAUAUUUUAUUGGAAAGGUUGUUUGGGCGAAAGGCUACCUCGAACUGCUCGACCGAGUGAAGGAAUAUAAUGAAACCGCCGCGCAGAAAGAUAAGCUCGUCAUGGACGUUUUCGGCAACGGCGACGAUUUCCAGGAAGUAAAAGCGGCGUCCGAGCGCGAAAGGUUAGCGCUGACUUUCCACGGUCAGGCCGACCACGCUUCGGAGACGACCGUGGGGUACAAAUUUUUCAUCAACCCUUCGCUGUCCGACGUAGUGGCGACUACUACGGCAGAAGCACUCGCGAUGGGCAAGUUUGUUGUGUGCGCGCGCCACCCUUCGAACGAGUUCUUUUCAACAUUUGCGAACUGCCGCACGUACGCGAAUUCCGACGAGUUCGCGGAGUGCGUACGCGAAGUUUUGCACGGCGAACCGGAACCGAUAUCGCCGGAUGAUCUCCAUCGCUUGACUUGGCAGGCGGCUACCGAGCGUUUCUUGGACGCGGCUGAACCGGACGCUAAGAAGAAGCUGUCGUUGAGGCAAAAACUGUUUGAGACGCUCUCGGACUGGUUUGCGGCGAGUUGCCAUAACAUGUUCACCGCUUCCGAGGCGAUGCGGUGCUUGGCCGGCGGCGGGGCGGGUACGCUUCUUACCCCUGAUGAUGCAGAUUUCGCGUGUUGGGAGCCCGAUCUGUGGCAAGGCGGAAUCGCGGAUCGCAAGGAGGAUCAGCGGUGAAACAUUUACAGUACAUACAUUUGUACGAAGGUCAGCUAGAAGUUAGACUCUGCAUCUACCACCAAGACAUCACCCUUGUCAUCGACCAUUUCAUUAAACAACGACCGUGAAACAUCGCCCUUACUCGAAGUCGUGCGAGCGAAAGCGGCGGGAGUCACGACAAGGCACUCUCGCUCUGUUGCAUCCUUGGCUUUUUGUGCGGCAGCAGCGGCGGCAGAAGCAGGGCUCGACGGCGCGAACAGAUCAACCGGCAAGGGAGAGGACUUGUUGCCGUUCAAAUUCAAGGAGUGGAAUUCCUUGAAUGUUGGGUGAUGUUUCCCCGCCGUCUUACGACGUUGUCGACCGGCCGACAGUCGGUUAUGGAGCGUCCGCCCCCACAGCUUCACCGCGGUGUCCCCAUUCACUUCAACGCUGAAGUCGCGCUCUUUUCCUUUGAUGACGAAACUUGACGCGUCCGGUGCAAACUUCAAGUAUGCGCCGGCGAUCGACAUCCGGCGAGCAGGACCAAGAGGGAACCAGAUCAGUUCGUCAUUGACGUCGUCAUACUUGACCAUUCGAGAGUAUAACUUUCCGUUCCUGCCCAACUUCGUCAAUGCCACCCCCGCGGCUAACUUAAGAUGUGCUGCUCUCUCCGCUUCGAGCGCGACCACCGCAGUUUCGCGUUGAAUACUUGCCAAAUCAUUUCGCCACGUUGACCUAAGGAUGUGAAGCUCUUGCCGCAUGGCGUCUCUCACUGCG